AUGUUUAGCGUCCAAGAACACCAAGGAGUUGAUCCAGCCUUCAUCAAGAUUAUUAGAGACCUCUACUAUGGAGCAACAUCGACCCUAAAGCUCCACAAAGACAGUGAUAAGAUCACACUGCAAAGAGGAGCCCGCCCAAGAUUGUUUACGGCAUGCCUACAGGAUGCCAUACUAGGCCACACAGAAUGGGACGAAUGCGGGAUAAACAUAGAUGGGGAACAACUGGUUCACUUAGACUUUGCUGAUGACAUCUUAAUGGCACACUCACCACAGGAACUAGAAAAGUUGCUGAAUGACAUCAACAAUAACAGCAAACCAGUCGGUCUAAACAUGCACCUAGGGAAGAUAAAGGUUAUGUUCAACAAGCACAUAGCACCAAAAGACAUCUCUGUAAAUGGAACCACCAUAGAAAGAGUAAACAAAUAUGUCUACUUAGGAAGAACCAUCACAGAAAGCGGCGACUUGCUUCCUAAGAUCAAGAGACGGAUAACACUCGGAUGGGCAGCUUUCGGCAAAGUGGACAACAUCAUGAGGAGUAAGAAAGCAAGCAUGAAACUCAAGAAGAAUGCGCUGAACGAGUAUAUAAGAAAUGCUGGCGGUCGCUCAGCGAAAAAAUGGAUUAAUCCAACCAUCACUAAUCACACUGACAGAGCUGAACACAACAUGGCUAUCACCGCAGCAAAAUUAGCUAUAAAUAGAAAAUAUAAUAUAGUUCUUCGCAUGGCGAUAUUAGUGAUAUAUUCCUGUAAAUCAUCAAUCAUACCAAAAUCCAUCCUUGUUAACAACUUGACACUCCAGGAGCGAUGGCAGUCAACAGCUGCAGAAUCAUAUCGACGUGUUGCAGUGUUUACUACGGCGAGUUGCACAACGCAGUUAUACUCUGUUGCACAAGGUUCACAGGCGAUACACAAGUCAGUUGUCGAUAUGAUUUGUUUCGUGAAUUAUGACAGGAGUUUAGAAGGUUUAUUAUACUGA